CAAAGAAGAAUUGUGGCGUUUGUACAAAAUUGGUAGUUAGUCUCUUAAACUGCUUAAUUACUAGCACCAUUUGAUAAAUGUUAUUGAGAGAAAUUCUGUAGAAUAUUUCCUUUGAAACAAUAGGCUAGUCUCUCUCUUACAUUUUAACAUCCGUUUCCGGCAUCGCCAUUUUGGCGGAAACGAGGAAAAGGUCAUAGUAUAGGCUUGUAGUUGUUUGUAUGUUAUAAAAUUAGGUGUUUGUGUGAAUGAAACUGGAGGCCAAUAUGCCUUUAGCACAAUUCGUAGGAGACCCAUGGAAAUCAGUGAAGCAAGAAAAUGAGGAAGACCAUGUAAUGGAUGUAGAAGAAACAAUGGAAGGAGUACGGGAGAUUGAACUGACCAGUAUAACAAAAGAGGGUCAUCCAAAAGGUGAUCCUGGGCAAUUUAAACUCCUAAAGGUGUUAGGUCAGGGAUCAUUUGGAAAGGUGUUUCUGGUGAAAAAGAUAGCUGGUCCAGAUACAGGAACAUUGUAUGCUAUGAAAGUUUUAAAAAAAGCAACCUUGAAAGUGAGAGAUCGGAUGAGAACCAAGAUGGAGCGAGACAUUCUUGCUGAUGUGCGACACCCGUUUAUAGUUAAACUUCAUUAUGCAUUCCAGACAGAAGGAAAACUUUACUUGAUUUUAGACUUUCUCAGAGGUGGUGAUUUGUUUACAAGGUUAAGUAAAGAGGUAAUGUUUACAGAAGAAGAUGUGAAAUUUUAUUUAGCAGAAUUGGCUAUAGCAUUAGAUCACCUUCACUCUUUAGGCAUAAUAUACAGGGACCUUAAGCCAGAGAAUAUUCUCCUGGAUUCAGAUGGCCAUAUUAGUCUGACUGAUUUUGGCUUGAGUAAAGAAGCCUUGAAUGACCAGAAAGCUUAUUCAUUUUGUGGAACAGUGGAAUACAUGGCUCCUGAGGUUAUCAAUCGUAAAGGCCACACAACAGCAGCUGAUUGGUGGUCAUUUGGAGUAUUAAUGUUUGAAAUGUUAACGGGUGCUUUACCAUUCCAAGGAGCAAACAGAAAAGAAACAAUGAUGCAGAUUCUUAAAGCCAAGUUAGGAAUGCCACAGUUCCUCAGUCCUGAAGCCCAAAGUCUUCUUCGAGCUGUCUUCAAAAGAAAUCCAGCCAAUAGAUUAGGUUCAGGCCCAAAUGGUGUUAAAGAUUUUCAAGAACAUCCAUUUUUCCAAACUAUAGACUGGCAAAAGUUGUACACUAAAGAUGUAACUCCACCAUUUAUUCCAGCUGUGGGGAGAUCAGAUCACACUUGCUAUUUUGAUAAAGAGUUCACCAUGAGAACACCCGAGGACUCACCUGGUAUUCCACCUAGUGCCAAUGCUCAUGAAUUGUUCCGAGGAUUCAGUUUUGUAGCUCCAAGUUUAGUUGAAGAAGGCUAUCAACAGUUAGCUGAGACUGAAGCACUUAGUAAACUAGCAAUGUGCUCAUCCAGUUACAAAGGUUCUAUCACCAAUGAGUAUGAACUCAAGGAAGAGAUUGGGAGAGGAUCUUAUGCUGUCACGAGACGUUGUGUUCACAGGGAAUCUGGGAAGAAUUUUGCUGUAAAAGUUAUUGUCAAAUCGAAACGUGACUGUCAAGAAGAAGUAGAAAUUCUUCUCCGCUAUAGUCAACAUCCUAACAUAGUUACUCUUUACGAUGUUUAUGAAGAUGAGACAUCUGUGUAUUUGGUAAUGGAACUACUAAAAGGUGGGGAGUUGUUGGACAAAAUCCUCAGCCAUAAAGCCUUUAGUGAGCGAGAAGCCAGCUGUGUGUUAGAGGUCAUAGCAAAAACGGUGAAAUAUCUUCAUGAUAAUGGAGUUGUCCAUCGAGACCUUAAACCUUCUAAUAUUAUAUACCCUGAUGUAACGGGCAGUCCUGAAUCCCUCCGUAUAUGUGACUUUGGUUUUGCAAAACAGAUCAGAGCUGAGAAUGGGUUACUCAUGACACCAUGUUACACAGCUAACUUUGUAGCACCUGAAGUACUAAAAAAACAAGGUUAUGAUGAAGCUUGUGAUAUCUGGAGCAUGGGAGUUCUUUUGUACACCAUGUUAGCAGGUCAUACUCCCUUUGCAAAUGGGCCUCAUGAUACACCUAAUGAUAUUCUUCAUAGAAUUGGAGAAGGAAAGUUUCAGGUGACUUAUGGAAAUUGGUCAAACAUUACUCCAGCUGCAAAGCAUCUUGUUCAGAAAAUGUUGCAUGUGGAUCCAAAACAACGAUAUAGAGCUGCUGACAUUUUGAGUCAUGUGUGGAUUACAAAUAGGAACCAGUUGCCUAACAGCAGAUUGUAUCAUCAAGAUGCUUCCUUAGUUAAGGGUGCCGUGGCUGCAACAUUCCGAGCUAUUAAUCAGUUUCCAAAACCACCUAAUCUGGAGCCAGUAGCAGCAUCGGAGCUGGCACAGAGACGGGCCAAGUCGCGGCCCAGACUUUCUUUGGAAUGUUAGUAAGGACUUAGUAAUAGUUUUUUCUUCUUAAAUCAUGAUUGGCUGUAAAGGCAAGAUGAGUUGUCUUUCUUGUGCUCCUUUUAGUCAAGGCAAGACAUGUGAAGUGAGAUGGAGGAUUGAGCUAGUUGAAGACAACCACUCCCAUAUCAAUGAUUGCUGUUACCUACUUUUUAUAGUUUAGGUUUUUAAUUAAAAUUGAUUAAAGAAAGGCUGAUAAUUGUCAUAGAAAAUCGUUAUAUUUUUGUGUUAUUGGUUGGCUCAGGAAUUUUUAAUGUUCUCAUCAAAUAUAAUAAGAUAAUGGUCAACAGAGGUACUAACAUUUAAGGUGUCUUAUAGAUUCAGUUAUGAACAUGAAGACUAUGUUAGAAGUAAUUUUUGUCUCUCAUCUAAAAAUUGGGAUAAAAUUUGAAGAACCAACCCAUCACUUUGUUUCUUUAUGGUAAGAUAUAUUUAAACGAUUUGUGUGUAUGUGUAUAUAUUUAUAUAAUCAGGUAUUUGUUUUUAUUAAUUGGGGGAUAUAUAUGUAAGUGUAUUUUUCAUCACUGAUGAUGAUUGAGACUUAACAAAGAUAGUCAGUGAAGUGUUGUGCCAAACAGAUAGUGUAAGGGAUGAUAGCUUGUUUCUCCUUCCAUAAGUAGUCCAUUCUUCAUAUCAAAGUAUUCAAUUUAUGUGAAAGUCUAAUAACAAAGAAAUGCGUAUUUAACAGUAUUAGUUUUUGAUUCAUAAGCACCAUUCUCAUGGCUCUAACUUACUGUUUGGAAGACACAGAUAUUUUGUUCAGUCAAAUAUAUGAUGAAGUUACGGAACAUUUUGGAUAAAGUAACAAGUGUAGCAAUGCCGUAAUGUAAAUUCUUCCAUAGGAGAUAAAAUGAUAAAAGUGCAUGGGCAUGGAAUAUAAUUUACUUUCUAAUUGAAUAAAGUAUAUCACAUAAAAACAAAUUCAUCAAAAAAGAUUUGAGUAACCCAGUGGUCUGUGAACAUUUUAAUAAUAUAAUAAACACACACAGUUAAAGACAACAAUUUGUUUUUUAUGCAAAUAUAAAUUUUGAUAAUUCUCUUGCUAUGGGGACUGCCUGGUAGAUUGUAAGUAGGCAUCAGAUCUUGAGAUGAGAUAGGAAAAAGACCAUUUAAAAUUUUUUUCCCUGGAUCUACUUAGGCUAUUUGCAACCUAAAAUGUUACACCAUUAUCCAGAAGAUCUUAUCUGACAUGAACAUCUGUGAAAUAUAUUCUGUAAUAUUUUGCUUUACACUUAUGUAAUCAAAUUGAAAGUUCUUCAUUGUAUUCCAUCAAACCAUAUCUAAAAGUUAUCUACUAUGUCCUAUGACAUAAGUUAUUCAACAGAGGCAUACACUUCUUGUAUCAGACAGAUUUAGAAGAUUAUCUGUAGCAUCCUGUAACAUAGUUAAGUUAUCCAUUUGUAGGUUCUACAACUUCUAUCAGACAGAUCUAGAAGGUUAUCUAUAGCUUCAUUUAACAUAGUUAAGUUAUCUAUAUGAAAGUUCUACAUAUUGCAUCAGACAGAUCUAGAAGGUUAUCUGUAGCCUCCUGUAAAAUAGUUAAGUUAUCCAUAUGAAAGUUCUAUAUAUUGCAUCAGACAGAUCUAGAAGGUUAUCUGUAACCUCCUGUAACAUAGUUAAGUUAUCCAUAUGAAAGUUUUACAUUUUGCAUCAGGUAUAUUUAGGUUGCAUGCAGUCUCUUGAAUUAUUUCAUAUCUAUAAGGUUAUAGAUAACCUUCUAUUACAGGCAUGAGUUAUCCCUCAGAAAGUCAUCUACAAUGUUUUGCAUAAACCAACUGAUCCACUCCACAUCUUUAAAUGCCAUGGUUGUGUAUUAUUUGUUUGAAAAAUUAAAGUAACAUGCAUUUUGUUUUACUUUUAAAAUUGGAAUUUCAAUUUUAUAUGUGAAUUCUCUUUGUGAAACUAAUAUUUUUGUGUCUGUUAAGGUACUGAAGUCAAAAAUUUGUAAAAGUGUUGGCUAACAUACCACUUUUAUGAUUAUGUUUUUAGAUGAUUUAAUAUGUGGCAUUACCUGUAGAAGGAAUAUUGUAUUCUAAAUCUAGAGAAGUUAGGAAUACUUACAUUUUAUAUUAUUUAUUUUAUAAUAUCUUGGGCACAUUCUUGCAAAGAUCUUAAGCUUCAUAGAUGUAGGUGUAUUACCCAAUAUAAUCUUAGGGAUUAAAGUAUCAUGAAUUAAGGAGUAUGUGAUUGUGAAUAUAUCACCAGCAUGUUGUGUCCAAUAUGAACUUGUGAGUGAAUAAAAUAUAGUUUUGGAGAGAACUAUCUAAUGAUAAAUAUAUUACAAAAAUACAAUGACCAAUAUGAACAUGUAGGUGAAUAAAAAUUUUGGAGAAAAAAAUAUAAUAAUAAAUAUACUAUUAGAAUUUAGUGACCAAUAUCUAACAAAAAAGUGUAUAGAAAUAACAUUUUACGAACAAAAUGCAAGAAUAAGUAAACCUCCAGCAUGUAGUGACCAUUAUACGUAAACAUGCUGGUCAGUAACAAAAGUUUAGCUUAAAACAUAAUUAUGAAUAUAUUUUCCACUUUAUAAGUAAAGAUAGUGCUAACAGGUAAAUGUAUUGCAUUAAGUGUAAAAGUAGGCACUUUGCUAGAUUUUGCAAAUAAUAUACAACAACAAAAAUCUUUGAUGUUAAAGAUAAAUUAAAGAAUCUUGACUGUUUAUGUUAUUUCUUAUACAUUACUGUUUACUGCUUUCAACUUGUGUGAUUUAUAAAAGAUAUUUUUUGAAUUAAUAUAUCAGAAAUUGAAAUUUAUAUUAUUAGUAUUGUUUGAAUAUAAGCUUAUAGGUGGUCUAACUUUAAUCAUCAAUGUAUAUGACAGGUUUUAAGCAAUUUUAGUGAUAGGUUGUUACAAUAUGUAAAAUCAUGUUUGCAUAAGUGAUUAAUGAUUAUGUAUGAAGAGAUCUUACUAUGUUUGGUAAUGCUAUAGGUUACAAUAAUUACAUUAAAAAUUAUAUAAGUGAUGCUGUAAGUAAUGUACAUCAAUAAAUCACUUGAGCUUGUUUUAAAUUUUUUAGUUUUAAUUCGUUAUUUCUUAUUGUGCAUGAGUUUAUUGUUAAAAUGUUUUUCAUCUUGUACAAAAAAAAUCCAUAAUGAAAAUUAUGCAUGUGAUUUUAUAUGUAAGUAUAAUUUUGAAAUUCCAUCAGUGUUAAAAAGUUAGAAACCUUACUGUUUGUUAUAGUGUCUUGUUUUUGUAGUUUUGCAUUUAUAUUUUCUUUCACUCGUUACUGAGGUUACAAGAGGGAGUACGGAUUUAAAAUAAAUUUUAGCAAGUGCAUUUAAACCAUCAUGAUAAAUAGUUUAAUGCAACAUUAUUAUUCUUCAAAAACAUUUUUGUCAUUUAUAUGUGCACUUUCUUGCAAUUUAAUCAAAAUCAAAUUUAGUAAAUAAAUCCAUAUGUAUAUUUUUGUAUUCAAAUAAAAUAAAUGAAAACAGGUCUGUAAAACUUGUGAUUUCCUUUAAAAAUGUUUAUAUCACUAAUCUUGCAUCUUGUCAACUUUAUACAACUUUUAUAUUAGUUGAUUAUUCAUGAAAGAUGAAUAGAUUAUGAGUGAAAAAGAAUGUAGAUAAAACUGUUCCACAAAAUAAAAUACCAGACAUACUUUAUCAUGAUUCUGUACUGAAAAAAUAUUUUCCAUUUGUGGUAGGUGGAAUAGUUCUUGUUUUUUUUUCUGUAGAAAAUUUAAAAGAUUUUGUUCAGAUUUGUAAAAGCAAGUUUUAGCAGAAAGAGAAGUAAAAUUAAAUAUUUCUCUCUGAGAAAUUGAAGUUGAAUAGACAUUUAAAGAUUGAUUUGUUUUUAAUCUAAUGAUUUUUGAUUUCAUACUUUGUUUUUGGUGGUACCAUCCUCUGUUUAUGGCAGAUUAACUGAAAUUUUUCUUUCUAUUUUAUGUGCUCCAAUUACUUUGUGUCAUGUAUCUCAAAUGUGUGUUGUUAUAUUUUGAUACUGGAAGUAGAUACUGUUUUAUCUA